AUGACACAUGGGAACACCAACACCGCAGGCCAAAUCGCGGCCGCCCUGCCGUACGGCAACACCCUGGUGAUCAAGAGCAUUUCCGUCAGGGGCCUCAAAUCGGCUCUCGAGAACAGCGUUGAGGGCAACAUUGCCGGGGGCGAGGCGAUCGGGCAGUUUGCACAGGUGAGGUGA